AUGGCCAUCCAUUUGAAUUCGGGCCACGAUACAGAGUCGGCAUCUCAAAGGCAGGAGGCAAUAGAAUCAUUUGGAGGUGUCCCUGGAGUAAAAGCAGUGUUGUGCAGGCCUUCUUUGUCUUCCAUCAAAAAGCCAGUGAAAUGGGAUGGUGUGAGCUUUGUCAACAACGUUCAGUAUGGCGAGGAAGGUGUGAGAGUAUGGAGAUCCUACAAAACUGGAAGAGGCGAAUUCAUUCCUUGGAGCAAGUUUCAUGUUCCUGACUAGGACGAAGUUCCAACGCUGGAAUACAGUGCAGCAAGCGAAAAUAUAAAAGCUAAUUUUGUACCUAUCAAGCAGAGACGUGCUGAGGUUGCUAAAACAUCUCAAAAGCACCAAGACAGCACCGAUUAA